AUGGAGAUCGAGCUCGCUUAUGUUGAAUCUCGCGGAUACUGGAAACAUUAUUCACCCGGGAAGUGGUUCAAACAAGCGAAAGCCGUUGGCAAGAUCAACAACGUAAAAGCUACUCUGUUAUUUGAUUCUGGUGCUGAAGUGUCGAUCAUUGACACCACCUUUGCUCGUAAGGUCGGUUGCAAUAUUGACGAAAGUCAACGACAAGAAUGUAUCGGGAUUGGAGAAACUCCGUACAUGACGGUAGGACGUACCAAGAUCAAGGUGACCCUCGCGGGAUCGCUGGUAUACUAUUUCAAUGUAUGGGUAGGCGAUCUGGCAGGGCAAGAAGCGAUUGUGGGUAUGGAUUUUAUGGUGCCUGCUGGAGUGCGGCUCGAUCUAGCGGAUGGCGCGCUAUGUCUACCAGAAGAAAUCCGCAUUCAUCUCGCAGGACGUCGCCCCGCGUACGGAUCGAAGAUACAACAUAUAACGGCGAAGGACCAAAACGUGGUGAUCCCGGUCGGAGAGUCAAGGGAAGUGAAGAUCGGGAUCGGAGGGGCUAAGAUGAAGUUGUGGGUCGCUAGAGGACUAGAUUGGGUCCCCACUGUGAUCUCGGGGUGGGGUAAGAUGAAAUACCUGCAGAUGACCAACAUUGGCGACCGUGAGAUCAUACUGCCCACCCACACUAUAUUAGGCAUGUGGGUCGAAGGCGAUAUGGUACCGCGAACCCAAGGUUUGGUGACAGUCGGGUCGGGGAAGUACAAGGAAUGGCAAACUCUGGCAUAUGAGGCUACGACGGAUCGAGUGAACGAACUCCCGAAAGAACCGAUCGGACCAUUGGUAGAUCGUCCUACGUAUGCCGCUCCCAAACGCAUCUUGAAACGUCCGUCUGAUGCGUUACAGAACCUGUCUCCGGCGAUCUCCACGGUAACGCCGCAAGCUAACGAUGACGAUUCGCAAAAGGCAGAUGCUGUAGUUGCGAGGGAAGUAACGGUCAGGGGAGCCGAACUAUCGCGGAUGGAGAACGGUCAUGAGAUCGGUACCCAACAUGCAAAGAAGGGAGACCGCGACACCGGUCAAGAAGGGCUACGUGACAGAUCGUCUCUACCGAAGGCUGAGCCGACUGACCGACUGUUGAAAUUGGGCCAGCCGGAAGAGACGAAGGAGCCUAAAGAAGAAAUAAUGCUAAAUACUGAAGACGUCGAGAUCGCAGAAAUACCAGUUUAUCACCAAGAGAGCGGAGAUUUGUUUGCGGAAGAUAUCGAGCAGCAUAUGGCCGUGCUACCAGAGAUGUCGGCGACUACGGAAGAAGUUACGAUUGAGGACAUUCAGAUCGGUGAUCCCGAUGUGCUUCUCACCACAGAUCAACAACGGCUCAGAUCGCUGAUCAAAAGAGCCGUCAUCUCCUCAUGGGUUAAGGUAAUGCUCUACCACCAGCAGCACGAGGCGCGAUCUGUGAUAUUGAUGUCGGUGGGGCAGCACCGAUAG